UUUUGUAUCGGCGGCUUUUGGUACCUUCCAAGCGGCCUCGCGCCGCACUACACGGACUGUUCCGUGUCCCUCACCCACAGAUCCCGCUUCGGGCGGCAGCGGAAUCCCCGCCCUUCACACUCGCACACCCGCCUCCCUCCUCUCCGGACCGCAGCGGGCGGUACACACACCUGCGCGACCGGGCGCACCUCGGCGCGCCCCGAACUGCGUUUGCGCCAACUGCGACCGCUCAAGCUAGCCGUCCCGCGGUCCCGCCUAGGAUUCACCAAAACCCGCGAUAUCUCAUUCCUCAUGCAACUAAGCAGCACCAACGGCUUAGGAGACCUGGAAAAUUCCAAAGCCCUGCGCACGCGCUCUGUAGCUUUCAACGCCCCGGCUCCGCCCGUCCAUGACCCCGCCCCUUUACAUCAAGAUGCUGUCUGCCUCCACGUCAUGCCAAUCAUUCACGUCUUCCCGCUGUAACCUCGCAACAAGCUUCUCAUUCGCUAGUUUUAGUAACGAACGCCGCGGAGAGGCGGCGACGAUAGGCUGGAAGUCAGCCCCGCCUUCCUUCUGUAUGAACGAAAGACGAUUGGUCAGCACGGCCGUCCAAUCAGCGGCGGGCUGUCGGAUUCAAACCGGGUUCGUUGGGCCUGUAGUCGGUUGGUCUCAGUCGAGUCGUUGCCUUGGCCCGACGUGGUGGUGCGGCCCGCUGUGUCCGCUCUUCACGCCCCUGUCGCUUCUUAUCCGCCGCCGCAGGAUGGCCCACAAGCAGAUCUAUUACUCGGACAAAUACUUCGACGAACACUAUGAAUACCGGCAUGUCAUGUUACCCAGAGAACUUUCCAAACAAGUACCCAAAACUCACCUGAUGUCUGAAGAGGAGUGGAGGAGACUUGGUGUCCAACAGAGUCUAGGCUGGGUUCAUUACAUGAUUCAUGAACCAGAACCACAUAUUCUUCUCUUUAGACGACCUCUUCCAAAAGAUCAACAAAAAUGAAGUAUAUCUGGGAUCGUCAAUUAAAUCUUUUUCAAAUUUAAUGUAUAUGUGUAUAUAAGGUAGUAUUCAGUGAAUACUUGAAAAAUGUACAAAUUGUUCAUCCAUACCUGUGCAUGAGCUGUAUUCUUCACAGCAACAGAGCUCAGUUAAAUGCAACUGCAAGUAGGUUCCUGUAAGAUGUUUAAGACAAAAUUUCUUGUAGUCAAGUUGUUCUCUUAAUAUAAGUGCCUGUUUGACUUUACCUGUUACUUUUGUUAAAUAAAGUUUGUAUGUUGCAUUUA